AUGGAUGCAAUACGGAGGGAGGUGCAGGUGGUGAGGGAGGAGAGGGCAGGGGAGGUAUUGAAGCUGGUGGAGAAGGUGGACGAGAUGAGUCAGCAAUGGAGCCAGAAUCUGGACGAUCAGAUGAGCGGAUUGAGAGUUGUGCUAGAAGCAACGAGGAGGGACGUGAGACUGGCACGGGAGGAAGGGGCUGAUGAGAUGAGGAGGGUUUUGGGGAAGGCUGAAGAGGUGGGGCAGCAGUGGGGAAGGGGAUUGGAUGAUGAUGUGGGGAAGUUGGUGGGGAGGAUGGAAGAGAUGCAGCAAAGGAUGGAGCAACGGUGGAGGGAGGAGUUCAAACAUGAAGUUCUCACCGCCUCUCUGAAAGAGGAGCUGGGAAGAACAAGGAGAGAGAUGCUGACGGCAAAGGAGGAAAGCGCAUGGGAAAUGCGAGAGGUGAUGGGGAAAAUGGAAGAGUUGAAGCAUUCAAUGAUACUAGAGUUGAGGCAUGAGAAGGAGCAGGUGGAGAAGGCGAGGAGGGAGAAGGAGCAGGCUGAGAAGGCGAGGAGGGAGGAGGAGCAGGCUGAGAAGGCGAGGAGGGAGAAGGAGCAAUGGCCACAGCUAAGAUCAAAGCAGCUGCGGGAUUGCAUUCAAUACUACUUUCCAGAGCUGCUAGAGGAGGAGGACGAUGACUCUGAGCUAAUGGCAGAGGAAUGUCAGAGAAGGUUGGAAAAGUGGCAGCUGGCAGAGGAAUUUGAACACGUCUUUGAGCGAGCGCAGGGAAAGAGGGCAGAGAAGGUGGAGAAGGCAAGGGAGCGUAGGCGGGUGGAGUUUAGGCAGACGGACUGGAAGCAGAGAAAGGAGAGAGAAGUGACUAUUGAUAUGAAGAGGGAGAGGUUGCAGAGAAUGGAGAUUAUGACCGGAGAAGUGGAGGUGGGGAAAGUGGAGGAGAAAAAGGUCGUGAAGGGUGAGGAGAGCUUAGAGGACGAAAAGAUUGAUGGCGGUAAGGAUGAUGGUGAGGAAAAGGAAUGUCCAACAGUCAGAUUAGAAAGGGAAAAGAGGGUGAGGAGGAGGGGAAGAGGAGCACCAUGGGAAGAAAGUAGGGUGCAAACAGGAGUUAGGGGAAGGGGAGGGAGAGAAGGUGGUGGGAGAGGAGGUGCAAAAGUGUCUGACUCAAGUUUCAGCUCCUCCAGCCAUGUCAUGGUGUAG